AUGUUCUUUACCAAAACCGACGACUCCCCAUCCGGCUCCAUCGCGAACUCGAUUGCCCCAGCACAACACAAGCCCCAACGGCCAUCCCUCGAGGAUGAAAUUGUACCAUUCACACUUAUUCCAGAGGGCGUCCGACCAAAGCGGUUCGUUGUUGCCUUGACCGGCGCUACGGGAUCGAGCGUCGCUGUCCGCCUGCUCCAAGCGUUGCGGGCAUUGGAUAUCGAGACGCAUCUUAUCAUGUCAAAAUGGGCGGCCACAACCCUGAAGAUGGAGACGGAUUAUUCUCCGGACGAGGUCAGGCACCUUGCAGACUAUAGUUACGCGCCUGGCGACCUCGCCGCACCACCCUCCUCUGGGUCGUUCAUCCAUGAUGGGAUGAUUAUUGUCCCGUGCAGCAUGAAGACGCUCGCGGCGGUCCGCAUCGGCUUUUGCGAGGACCUUAUUUCGCGUUCAGCAGAUGUGUGCCUAAAGGAGGGGAGGAAGCUGCUGUUGGCAGUACGUGAGACACCAUUGAGCGAUAUCCAUUUGGAGAACAUGCUGUUCCUCCGCCGCGCCGGAGCCAUCAUAUUCCCCCCUUUGCCAGCCUAUUACAUCCGACCCGAGAGUGUUGAUGACCUUACGAACCAGACUGUUGGCAGGCUCUUAGAUUCCAUGGGGAUUCACACCGAGGGAUUUGCGCGGUGGGAUGGAAAGUGA